AUUUAUAUUAAAAUUACGAAAAUUGUGCGAAUAUGGCGUCAUCUGUUAAAAACCGACCGGGGAUCGUUCCUUGACGAGUAUCAGUCUACCGGUAACGCCGUUGUUGAGAACAGAUGGCGUUGGCUGUGCCGAAAAUUAUACAAAACCCGGUCCGCCAUUGUUGCACGGUGGCCACAGCUCUUCGGCCCGUUACCCUUAAUUACGCGAUCGAGAGGAGUGCGGCCCUGCGCCGGGCCCCAACCGCCUAACGCAGCCAAACGCGCCAGCACGGCCCCCCGGCCGCCCGACUGGCCUACGACCCCGUUCACCCCGUCAUCCUCUUGUGUGUGUCGACCAAUUUGUGUUUUCGAGUGUGUUUUCGUGUUUGCUAAGGGUGCCGAGGACGAUCCCGUCGUUGCGACACGUAUUGGCGAGGUGACUUUUCCACAAGGUUCCGUGCCAGUGUUCGGGUACUUUGGAUAGUUCGCACAUGCUGUUUCACACUUAAACCAAUCAGCUUGAAAACAUUACAAAUGUACCAAACAAUGCUAAUAAUGUCCCAAUUUUGUGAAAGAUAUGAAACCAGACUAAAGUUUAUACAUUUUUAUUGUUGAGUUAGUUGAAUUAGUUAAUAUUGUGAAGAUGUCUGGAGGACCUCCACAUCAUCCCCAUGGCAGGCAGGUUCCAACUGCCAAUACUGCCUGGAACCACUUGCAGGUACCGAAUUUUUAUCCACGGCAUCCGCAGCAUGCGCACAUGUCGAACGAACAUUCCAUCCUGCACCAGCAGCCGACGUGGCAUACGCCCACUACUACGGAAACGAUGAAGUCGAUGCCGCACUCGGGGAUCUUCCAACACCUGCUGACGGCGCCAGAUUGUUUCCAGCGGGCGACCGCCGCCACCGCGCCCGGCGUCGAUCUGACGCUGACGCGGAACGGCGGUCAGAACGGCGAGGCGCCGCCCACCCCCAUCAGUCUGAGCGUGCGCGAUGCCAAUAAGAUCAACAGUCUGCCGGCCAGCGUGCUGGACAUGCACGCCACCGCGGUCGAACUGACCAAGUGCACGAGUCCCGGUUUGAAGGCAGCGAGUCCCGGGCUGAAAAGCGUCAGUCCCGGACUGGUAGCGCAGCCCGACACGAAGCAGCAACAAAAACGCUCCAAUGUUCGGGUGGAUUCGAUCUUGGAACGACUGAAUCCCAACAUCGAAAAGACGACGAGUCUGUUGGAGAAAUCGGCAGAACCGACGGCGAGUCCGGCCACGGUGCCGGAGAAGACGGGAUCUAGCACUAUAGAACGAAUAGCCAGUUUCAUAGAGAAAACGUCGGUGGAAAAAGCGCCGCCGAUUGCGGCACAAUCGCAACCGCACAGUGUCAUAGUUCAGGCGUCGAGCAGCCACGACGAAAACAGUAAUUCCAGCGGCAUCCUCAACGUGCCCACGCCCACCAACCUCAAAGAAGAGGAUGCGGGCUCGACGUACAGCAAUGAAGACAGUCUGGACAGUCAGAAGUCGAGGCGGAAGCGCAAACCGUGCAAAACAGUGCGCGUGUCGAAAGACGAUGAAAAACUGCAGGACGGUGACGUGCCAGAAACUGAAUUUGGUGAAGUGAUCGCUAAAGAACCGAAAGACGAUCCGGUCGCGCUUGUUAGUAAAAUUCUCGAAGAGAACAAAGUGGUGGAAAGACGGCGGUCAUCGGAUGACAUGGACAGCUUAAUUCCGGCGAAAACACGGCGGAAAACGUCAUCCGAACCGGAAACGAUCGACGACAUUGCCGCCCUGGUUCAGGAAUGUGUCAAAGAAAAACAUGACAAGCCCAAGGAACCGGAGGAGGAGAAACCGAAGGAAUCGGCGAAACCCGUUAGUGUAAUCAGAGUCAAGGAUAACUUGAUGGAGGUCGAUCAGAAAAUCGAAUCACAGUCGGAUCCUCAACCAACAACGGUGACAACUAAUGUGAUUGUCACGGAGACGAGUGCGUCUAAUACCUCAUCACCUAUAGUUACCCCGGCCCAAAAAAAGGCCACCAAUACUCAGUUCGUGGAGGUCGAGAAUAAGCUGGAGGAAAUGUUCGCGGGAAUUGAAGACGCGGAUCCUGUCAAGAAUGACAGUCUGUUACCGGAUGAUAGGAUCGAAGAAGAUCCGUUAAUGAAGCUAGAAGAAGCCCCUAAAGUUGAAGAGGCAGCUUCAGCAACAGAUAAGACUUUGAUGGAAUCGGAUGAUAUUAAAAAGGAAAAGGUCAUGGAAAACGGUGAAGGUACAGUUGUUAAAAAGACCAAGCGUAAGUACAAGACUAACUCUCGACGAGGCAGCGAUGUCAGUUCAACGGAUACGACACCCAAGAAAAGGAAACAAGUGAAAAAAUUGAAAAAGGACUUGAAACCCAAGCUGACGCUGAAAGGCAAAGGUAAGAGACAAGGAAAGGUGAAUAAUGCCAAAGCGGAAGCAGUGAAAGACGUGUAUGCAUAUGACUCGGGCAGCAACGCGAGUUCGAACAAAUCACGUGGUCCCUUCAUCCAGAUAAAAGGUCCCCGCGACUCCCCCUUAUCUGUGAACGUCGUGAACGCGCCUUUGAACGACGACGAUACCGAUAAGAGGCCGAACAAGACCAAAAAGUACCACGAUGACAGCGAGUACCGCCACAAAGUACGUACUAAAGGUUUGCAUUGCAGCACGUUGAGCAACAAGUACGACUCACACACCAAAGAUGCGUCGUGGAUCUGCGCGUUCUGCAAGCGAGGACCACACGCCACCGAAUUGUCCGGCCCGACGUCCAACGGUGGAGUGGUGCCGGCCGGCGACCUCUUCGGACCGUACUUCAUCACGACGGAGAGUGCGGAAUACGAGAACCGGCUGGAAGAUCCGUACGAUCGACAGUUCAAAAGUCGCAAGAUCACGAAGGCACUGGACGAAAGUGCGGCUGUCAGUGGUAAGUUGACCAAGAAGGGCAAACGGAAACACACCGAUUCGACGAACAGCGACGAUCACUCAGACAUUUACUUGGGCAUCACGGACACCGGAAACCAGAACUACGAGAUUUGGGCGCACGAGGACUGCAUCGUGUGGUCGCCCGGCAUCUAUUUGGUCGGUCAUCGGAUCGUGGGACUGGAAGAGGCGAUAUGGACGUCGUGCAACGUGCGGUGCAAGGUGUGCCAUCUCAAGGGUGCGAACAUGUGCUGCAAUCGACGCGGCUGUCUUAACACGGCGCACUUGUGCUGCGCGCGUAGUCAACACUGGCACUUCGAUGGCGACGCCUACAAGGUAUUCUGUCCGUUGCACUGGACGCAGUGACCGAACUCUGCGUAACCCGUUCAACCGUACACUGAGGAGUAUUAUUUCAUACGUUUGAGGAUUUUGUAAAUUACAUUCGAUAGACUGGUGGCACGCUGUAUCCAACUUAAAACUGUAAGACGGCCAAGUUUGUUGUGAACAGACCGUCAAGGUUUUUCUUAUUGUUACUAUUUACAUAAAAUUUUCUAAAAAUCAAUUUGUACUACAGUUUGAAUGUUUUUAAGUUAUGCCAUUUGUCAGAAUUUAUAAUUCAGUUUUAUUAUUUUAUUUAUUUUGUGAGUUCAUUUUUGUUGACAUAGCUUUAUUUGUUUUCCUUUUUUUAACUUUUGCUACAAAUCCAUAAUAUUUGCACGUUGUUUGAAACUUCGAGACAACACCAGAACAACCUACUUAGUCAGUAGCAAUAACAAAAAGUAUUAGUUAAAUAUAUUUUGUAUGGUUUAAAUGGAUUUGUAACAAAACUGACGUCUUGUUAUUGCACUUUCAGAACUUAAUACAAUAGUACUCUUAAAGAUAAUCCAAUUAAAAUCGUUCUGAACUUUGCAGUCAAGUUGUAAAAAUACAUUUGACAGUAUGUGAUAGUCAAUUCCCAAACAAUACCAGAAUCUCAGAGUACAGAUAUUUACCUUAGCGAAAUGUAAUUUAUAAAAUAAAUUAAUCUCUUCAAAGGAGUAUUGUGAUCAUUUUUUUUUUUUUAAAUUUAGUUAUAGUAGGUUUGAUUCAUGUCUGUGCGCAUUUUUUUACACUGAACACUUACAGAUACAUUUUACAAAUUAUUGUUAUUUGGAAAUACACAAGAUUAACUUGUCAGAAUUAAUUUCAACUUGUGUAAUGCAAGUUGGAUAAUUGAAAUUGCUGAAGACUGAAAAUCUCGGAUUGAAAUUGUGGUAUUUUUUAUAACCCAUCCUUGAUGGAAACUAUUGUGUAUUUUCAAAUAGCGAUGACGUUUUAUAUCUAGUUUUUUUUUGUAAGUACUGUAUAAAAAAUUGAAUGUUACUAGUUUUAUUUGUAUUUUUGCGUAAAGAAUACUUUAGCAUAUAGCGGAUGUUUAUAGGUUUUUUCAUAGAUUAUAACAAUGUAAAAUAUGUCUCUAAAUACGCUUAUUUUUUGUAUAAAAACUACAAAAAUACUCUCCUCCAUCCCCCAAACAUCCUUUUUAAACUGUAUACUUGUGUACUUGUCUAUCAGAAUUAGAUCAUAGCCACUAUAUUAUCAAAAAGAAUUGUAAAUUAUGUAUAUAACAAAAUUUAUGUUUUGGGCUAAAGUAUUUAAUAAACCAAAAUAAAACGAA